AACAGUUUUAAGGACCAAUUAUAAGAGCCUCAUUGUUUUUUAAUAGAAAAAAUUAAGGAAAACUUUACUUUGCUAAUUCAAUCCUGCUACGGGAUUGGCUGCAACAUUACUGUAACUGAAAAUGAUUUGUUGAGAGCUGAGACUAUAGAACCUUUUCUUUGUUUAAUACAACGCAUACUGAAAGAAGGAGUACUGAGGGGAGCGAAGCUGACAGAAAAGAAAAGCCCACCUCUUGAUGCUUGUCAGAAUUGUAACAGGAGCCUCGAUAAGCCGUAUUAUAUUCUUCAACACUUGACGAUUUGCAAAAACUGCAUUGAAAAUGAGUACAUUCAGUUCUUAUAUUAUGGAAUAAAUAUUUCGGAUAUAAUGGAAAAAAAAAGUGAUAACCGACCCAUAAAGCCGACGCCCAAAAAAGAAUUCAGCGUGAAAGAUAAUAUUUUUAAACAGAAAGAUAAAGGGUCUCCCUCCUCAAAAAAAUCGUACGGCUCGGAGAGCCCCAAGGUCCCCGGAAAGCUCGAUAAUUUACUGCGUUGGGCACAAUUGAGAACGGUUGGUUUCAACGUUCCCAUUGAAAAUUUGACGACCUCGUGGAACGACGGGUUAGCCUUUUGCGCUUUACUUUCAUCGCUGGGGCUUGAGGACGAGAUCCACUUUCACACGUUAAGUAAAAAUGAUAAAAGGCAUAAUUUACAAUUGGCUUUCACAGUCGCUGAGAAAAAUGGAGUUGCACCUAUGCUUGACGUAGACGACAUGUGCUCAACAUCUAUAUAUAUUAGCAUGGCUUACUUGAAAACUCAUUAGGAUGUCCCCGACAAGAU